CACCAUCCAUUUUGAAAUAAAUGUACUGCCCCUGAAAAUCCUCUCAUUUUUAUAUUGUUCCCCAGUUUAAGGUUCAACAUGGGAUUUUCUGUCCACUGGAGCUGGUUUGCUGCUCUUUCAUGUCUCCUCUGUAUGGGAGGUGAAGUUCGGUGUGAUUGCACAGAGCAGGGUAUACAAAUUCAAGGAGGUCAUUACAAACUGACCAAGCAGCUGACGGCAGGCAGCCUGUUGGUCUACCACUGUCCUGAGGGCUACUAUCCAUACCCUUCUUUGACCCGCCUGUGCCAGCCUAAUGGCACCUGGAGACCGCCACCCAAAAGAUUUUUACCUCAGAGAUGCAAGAUUGUUGAAUGCCCAGACCCCAGUGUGCUGGAGUAUGGAAACGUCUCGCCUCCUCAGGACAAGUACUUUGUGAACAAUGAGACCACAUAUGAGUGUUACUCUGGAUAUACAAUGCGAGGCUCAACCAGGCGUGUUUGCCUACCAAAUGGGAAGUGGAGCGGUUCCACUCCCAUCUGUAGCCGUGACUCAGGAAAUAACUGUGCUGAUCCUGGCAUCCCAGCUGGCGCCUCAAGAACGGGGAACAUAUUUGGAAUUGAUGACAAAGUAACAUACAGCUGCAAUGGCAACCUGUUUUUGGUGGGGUCGAAAGAGAGAGUGUGUCAGGAGAACGGCCAGUGGACUGGCAAAGAGCCAGCAUGUUACUACAAACACACCUAUGACACUCCACUGGAGGUUUCAGAGGCAUUUGGCAGCGCAAUAAAAGACAGCCUCACCACUUUGGAGCCCAUCGAGGACACACAGGAGGGGAGGAAAAUCAGGAUUUCGAAAAAUGGGACAUUGAACAUCUACAUCGCUGUCGAUAUUUCUGAGAGCAUAGAAGAGAAACACUUCAACGAUGCAAUUGACGCUGUCACAAAACUUAUUACAAAGAUUUCAUCCUUUAGUGUGACUCCAAACUAUGAAAUCCUCUUUUUCGCUUCUGAAAUAACUGAAGCUGUCAACAUUCUUGAUUUUCUGGAUGGCAAAAUAGUACUGAGCUCCGUCAAGAAUAAACUGGAGACGUUUAAAGUAGGCGACAAAAACACUGCUGGAACAGAUCUGAAUCUCGUCUUCAAGACCUUCUUGGAGCGAAUGGCCAUCAUAAAGCGACGAGUUGGAGAUGAGGGUUUUAAGGAACAUCGUCACGUCCUCAUAGUUUUUACAGAUGGUGCUUAUAAUAUGGGCGGUUCACCUGCACCCACUGUGGAAAAAAUAAAGAACAUGGUUUACAUGAACCAUAGUAGGGAACAAGAGACUAACUCAAGAGAAGAAUUUCUUGACAUUUAUAUUUUUGCCAUUGGAGCUGAACUCUUUGAUGACGACCUGCAGCCCCUCACAGCAGGGACCGGUGGCCAGCAUUACUUUAGAAUGAAGGACAUUGAAAAUUUGCAAGAGACCUUUGAUGAAAUAAUUGAUGAAGAAGAAGUUAAGGGUCUAUGCGGUCUUCACAAGGAGUAUGACAAUGGCGACACAGACAGCAAGAGGAAAAUGUAUCCAUGGUGGGCAUACAUUGUUGUCCAGAAUCAAGGAACGAAGAAAUGCCUUGGCUCUUUGGUGACCCCGAAGUUUGUUUUGACUGCUGCUCACUGCUUCACAUUUGGUGAUUUACCCGAGCACGUCACGGUUGAGAUUAAUGAUGGACAGGGCAAAGUGAAAAAAGUUAAAACCUUCAUGUUACACCCGAACUACAGUAUUAAUUCUAAAACAAAUCAGGGUGUGAAGGAGUUCUAUGACUAUGAUGUGGCUCUCAUCCAACUGGAGGCAGAUGUUCAAAUCUCCAGUGCUGCUAGACCUAUUUGCAUACCUUGCACCCAGGAGACCAGUGAUGCGCUACAACUGGUUGGUGAAUCCACCUGCAAGCAACAAGAGCAGCGUCUGUUGAAGAAUCAUCUUGAAAAACUCAAUUUCCUGACCAAGACAGGAAACUCGGUUGAAGAAAAAGAUGCCCAUGCUAAGCUUGGAGACAAUAGAGAUGCAUGCAUCAGACACGCACUAGACGCAGAGGGGAUCACAACAGAUGAUCCAAAGGUUGCUGUGACUGAUAACUUCCUGUGCACUGGCGGUCGGGCUCCUUUUAGAGAUCACAUAGCAUGUACAGGCGACUCUGGAGGUGCCGUGUUCAAGAACUAUGAGCAUCGCACAGUACAGGUUGGAGUGGUCAGCUGGGGAACCAAGAACCUGUGCAAGGCAGGGGGUGUCGUCGAGUCACAAGACAAUUCCAGAGAUUUCCAUAUUAAUCUUUUCAGAGUUGUCCCUUUUCUCAAAUCUGUCCUUGGAAAUGACACCCAGGAUGACUACGCCCCACUUCAGUUUUUGGACAACUAAAUGCAUUCACACACUGUAAUUUGUUUUUCUAUUUCAGUUAAAUGAUUUGUGUAAACUGUGUGUUUAGAAACUUUGUUAUUUUUCUAUUUGAU